GCAGUAUGAACCAGCCCGCGAUCGGCACGGUCGGCCCUUGGUCUCUCCUGUUCUAGACGAGCCCACCACUACAGCCUUCUAUGAUCAACCGCGACGCUUACCGCCACCCAUGCAGCGCCGCCUGAACGAGUUGGUUCCUGGCUUGCGACUUCUCGGACAACCUACGCCAGCACCCAGGGAGUACAACCCCAACGACUAUGCGCCGCCAGCGCCCCGGGAGUACAACCCGAACGACUAUGCGCCGCCUGGGCAGCCUCCGAUUCGUCUCCUCCACCUCCCCCCCAGGCCCAGUUUUCUUGAGGCCAAGGCCAGGCCGCACGACAUGCAAGAAGAGACUGAGCAGGACCCUGAGGAGUAG